AUGCUGGUUCGAAUGGCUCGCGAGUGGAGCGUGUUCAUGCGGCAGCCGGUGCUGCCGCGCCACAGCAAGAAUCCGCACUCAUGGCUCCGUCAGGUCACGCUGCUUCGUACGCUGCUCGUGGGCGUCGCCAUCUGCGUCUGUUGGGGAUACACACAGCUGCUUGUGCGCUACGGCAGCAUCUCUCCUGCAGCUACAGCUCUCUUCACCACGGCCUACGAUGGCCGCGCAGCCGAUGACUUGCCACCUACAUCGCCGCCUUGGCGCCCUCCGUUCCGUGUUGUAGUAUCGCUCACGACGACGCCUAGCCGGCUGGACAAGGUCAUGGACAGCGUCCGCUCGCUCACGAAGCAGAGCCUUGUACCAGACCAGAUCUACAUCAAUAUUCCUGAAGGCCCCAUGAAGCGACAUCCAGAGCGCUCAUACGACGAGACAGAGAUCCCGUCCGAACUCGUGGGUCUCACACCGCUUGUUAAGGUGAAUCGCUGUGUGGAUGACGGUCCGGCCACGAAACUGCUGGGAACUUUACGACUGGAGCACAAUGCGUCUACACUGAUCAUCACGCUGGACGACGAUUUCGAGUAUCCACCGGAACUGGUGGC